AUGCGGCGUAAGCGUGAGCGGGCACCGGCCAAGGCACCGGCCUCACACCGGCGCUCUUUGCCCCCCGUGCCGCUGCCCGCCGAAGCUUGGAUUGAGCCCGAAGAAGACCCCUAUGCGACGAUCGAGGACCUAGAUUCCUCGGGUGUGGUGGGCUUGGCCGGUCCAGAGCCCCCGCGCUAUGCACCGGACGACCCCUUGCUCACCGUUGCCAACCAUGCGUCCUCCUGGCAACAAGCCAGUGAUGAAGCUGCAGCCGCGAUGGCUUGCGCUAAUGCCUUGGCGGCGCACGUAUCCUUGCCGCCCGAGACCACAUCCGCAACCACCCACUUUAAUCGCCUGCUCUAUGAGCUCCAAUAUCUCUCUGACGAUACGCGCACCGAAGCUUUGUUGCGCGCGAGCCUCGAUUCGUGGAGCCACUGGCUUCGACACGCACCCCAGGUGGCGGAAAUAGCUCCUUUGCUAUCCAGUCGCUCCCUGCUGCCUGCUCACCCGGACCAGGCUGAGCAAGUACCCGCAUCAUUCACCACACCAACUGUGCCUGAGAAUUUACCCUCGAAAUUUGCAGACUCGAUCCGACUUGCAGACCAAAGUUGGUUUCAUGGCAUUCUAGCUCGCGAUCAGGCUGAAGCCCGGCUCGCUGAAGCCAUGGCCGGCUGCUAUCUCUUUGAGAGGCUGCGGAUAUAUGCUGAGCUUGGCGAACAGACCGUGGACGAGGAGGCGCUAAGCCGGGUUCAUGCAAAGGCCACGCAGCAGCUGUCGGCAUCCGCCGACUUGAUGACUGCUGCGGCCAGCGGCAGCAUGGCGCUGGCGCCAGCUGCCUCCCCGAGUGAUGCGCAAGCCGUAUCAAAACCGUCGACACGCCGUCAGAUCCCCCGGAUUUCAGCACCCAAAUCGCGAAUGGACAUUGGCCCUCCCCUGCCGCUGCGUAAUCGCACUGUCCGAUCCCGGCCGACGGGUAGCUCCACGGCGGGUGUACUCGACACGUCCGCGUUCUCCGAGGCCGAGAUGCAGAUUGCGCUCACGACUGCGGAGCUUCAGGAGCGGAUUCAGCAAUUGCAGCAUGAAGUUUACAAGGAGCAACGGCUUGCUAAGGCUGCUGCUGACAUGUAUGACAUGCCCACGGGCUCUGAGGCUGCCAAGUCGGCGCGGCGCGAACAGGCGCAGGCCUCCCUGGCCAGGCUGGCCUCACUGCGAACCACACUCCGUGACUAUGUGGGCUUGCUGGAGGAUGGUACUCCGGCCGCUGUCUAG